AUGGCACUCAUUGAAAGCUUCAUUCACGGUGUCAUACUAGACCCCACUACGGUCGGCGAUCUCAAUGCUCCACUUCUGCUGCGUGCUCCUGGCUUUCACGGGCAUUUCUGCCUGAGUGCUGGACUAAAUCCGCACUUACCGGUGGGAGAUCCGGGGUGGCUGGGUCUUUCUGAGGGUUGGUGUGGGACUCUUCGCAAUGUGGCACCGGGGCACAGAGCAAUCGGUAUCGGGACGUUGCUCACUGUGCCGCGCAUCCCCAUGCAGGCCAGCGCCCCGACCGCCGAGGAUCAAGCGCUCGCAAUCGGCAUCCUCGUUUCCUUCCGUCUAUUUCGUGCUGCGAUCGGCCUUUCGCGUUGUCUGACUUUUUAA